ACUAGGUGGCGCGGCUGGGAAUCAUAAUAUGAUGGGAAGUAAAUAACUGCCGGACACAGGAAGAAGUCUCUCAAACGUACAAACGGCGGCAGCAGGAGUAGCAGGUGCCCUGUGUACUGUAGUGUUAUACCGCAUACGUGUUGGCUGGCAAUGUGCGGCUCACAUACCUCUGCUGGCACUGGGCAUCAUGGCGGUGGUGUGUAGGAGUUCUGCAGGCUGGCUGCUGGAUGAGCUGUCGCUGAUAAAUACCUGGUACCAGGCUGGAAGAGGACAGGGUGCAGAGCCCGUUUCUCCAACCUCGCAACAGCAGCAUAGCCCAGGCACACUAUACCGAUUAAAGGAUGAUUUGUUCACGGUCCUUACACCUUACUUCUCAUUGCAGCCUUCCCCAGCAGCCACUGAGCCCAGCACCGCAAGGAGCGGCUGUCCCACAGCCCAGUGCAAGGCUGUCAGAAAGAAACGUAAACGAUCAAGUGUUUUUAAUCAAGGGGAAUUAGAUGCCCUGGAGUAUCACAAAAAGAUAAGUGAUGUUAUUUUAGAAGGUUCACAGUUACUUAUUCAAGAUGGGUUCAAGAAAGGUCUGCUUCAACCGGUCUCAAGGACAGGAGAGGAAAAGGCCACAAUUGUUACAGACAGGUGCUGUCACAUCAGCAACUUGGCUGAACUCUGUGAUAUGACCAAGCAUAUGCCUUGUACGACUGUCCCUGAGUAUACUGUGAAUGUUCUCGGGACUGGAGGUCCAGUUGGAUUUUCUCGAGAUACAGACUAUGUAUCACGUAUUACGGAAAACAAUUCAGACUGGCCACAACUCAUUCAUCUAGUGGGUGAGAAGUAUCUCAUGCCGCCCAAGAGUAGUUUUCUUUUGUCUGAUAUUUCAUACAUGGAGCCUCUUCUACAUUAUAAAAAAUACAGUGUGAUUGUUAUUGAUCCGCCAUGGGAGAAUAAGUCUGUCAAGAGGAGUAAGAGGUAUACCUAUUUAACACCAGUGGAGAUAAAACAACUUCCCAUACCUGCUUUGGCUUCCCCAAAUUGUCUUGUGGUUACUUGGGUGACCAAUAGACAGAAACAUCUGAGAUUUGUGAAGGAGGAACUGUACCCUCAUUGGUCAGUGAUACCCCUUGCAGAAUGGCACUGGGUGAAGAUAACCCAAUCUGGAGAAUUUGUUUUUCCAAUUAAUUCUGCCCAUAAGAAACCUUAUGAAAUUCUGGUACUGGGAAGACUAAUGAAUGCUGAUACUGCUGUAGCAAGGGAGACAGAGAAAGACUUACCUCCUAUUCCUCAACACAAGAUUAUAGUCAGUGUACCAUGCAAACUUCAUUCACACAAGCCACCUCUCACUGAGGUUUUGAAAGAAUAUGUCAGCCCAGAUGUGGAACACUUGGAGCUCUUCGCCCGUAACCUGCAGCCUGGGUGGACCAGCUGGGGGAAUGAGGUUCUCAAAUUCCAACACAUGGAUUAUUUCAUUCCCCUGGAGACUGGAAACUGACCCAAGUCUAUUAGCUUUAGAGGAGCCUUCUUAUACAUUACAAAUGCUUUUUUAUUACCAACAGAACACUUAGGAAUCUGUGUAAAUAGAAGUGGACAUGUUGCAAUAAGAAAUCCAUGUCAUAGGUGACUGUACACAACCUGAAUGGUAUUGUUUUAAAAUGAACAAAUUGUCCUUUGCUCGCUUUCAAAUAGCUUUGCAGAACAAUGAAAAAGAAAACACAAUAACCCCUUGUUUACUGCAGCCUGGUAUCCUGGCAGCAUAAAGGUUAAUUGUCUAGCCUAUAAGGGAAUAUAAGUAAAAACCUAAAUAACAGUGGGACAUGACACGGGUCCUCAUAGGCAUCUCGAUAAUUUAGAAAAACUGCGUAUAUUUCCCAAAUGUUUUACAUGACAAUAUUAUCACAUCACAUUACAUAACAUUUUGCAGGUUUAUGUACACUAAGUAAUGUGUGAACAGUUUUCUGAAAAGCAAUGAUGUUUUUAUAUUUCUGCUUUACCUCUCACUAUAGUAUGCCCAUUUCUCUGCAUUUUGUCCAGGUUUACCCGGAUACAACGUGUACAUUUCUGCAUAUUGAAUAAAACAAUAUAAUUAUUUUAAAAAUAACUGAAAAAAUAUAUAAUGUAAAUAAAAUAAAGUUAUUGUAUGGCAGAUACUCUGCUGUAUGGUAGCAGAUGUCCCAUUGAUUACACAGAAAUACAUGUACAUGAUUAACAAAUGCAACAGUGCUCUCCAUGUAGCAACAUGCCGCCAUUUUACCCCAUGUGAGGGCUGAAUAACAUGUAAAUGAUGAAUUUAGCAUGUCCCUUAGAGUUCUGUUCAGUUUUCAUCUGCCAUUAAAGGGGACAAUGUACUAUCUGUUGGUCAUUGAAAUGCUGUUGUAAGUGUGCAAGAGUUUAUGACAACAUUAAGGAGCCAGGACACAAUAAAGGACAUAACUCUCUUUUAUAUUGAAGUGCUGUUUCUGUUAUUCCUGGCAAGUCCUAGGACUGCUACAGCUGGAAGUAUGUAAUCUGAAAUUGGCCACAAACUAUGUAUAUAUCCUCUCUUUUAUAAAGCAGCGACUGUAUUUCAUGUUUUAGGUUUUAUUUAUUGUCAAUAAAUCUUUUAUAAAUUUUUCUUAAACUAUUGCUAUAGAUAAGUAACUGUAGACACAAUUUGUACACAAACUUACUGUUUGUAUUCUUAAUAAACAGAUCUUUUAUUUCUUCA